ACCCCGGCAGCCCUGGACACAGGAUAGAGGGGAGCGAGUUACAGGGACGAGGAGAGCUGAGCCACCAGGAGGGCCCCGCGACCCCACCCAAGCUGGGGAGCGAGCCCAGAGGGCGGUGGCCGACGCUCCACACCUACCCUCGCCACGCCCGCAUCCCCCAGUCCGCGCGCGCCCACUGGGCCUGGUGCCCGAGUCCCACCCCUCCGGGGUCCAGGCCAAUCGGCCGCGCCCCGCCUCCUGGGAGGUGGUGGAAGAGGGGGUUGGGGGUCAGGAGGCAGUGCCCGCCUUCGGCGGGUGCCCAUUGGCUGAGACCUCGAGGGUGCCCGGAGACCGGAGUGCAGCUGGAUUGGCCGCGGAGGCUGGUGACAGCAGCGCUCAUUGGCUGUGGCGGCCCCCGUGACGCGGGGUGGCGACUGGCUCCGGAGUCUGAGGGGCUCCUGCUUGUCAGGUUCUAGCUCAUGUUUUCUGCCUAGACAUAGGAUCAUUCCCAUGAGACUUCACUGCACGUUUUCUCAAGUGUCUUCCUCAUCCCUAAUGUGUAAUCCUUCAACAUGGACCUGCUACUUUAGCUAAGAUAUGACCAGCAACGAAUAGUAGUAAGAUAUGUGCUGAUUAGUCGACUCAAUUGUGCAGUGUGGAGGAUAAGACAGUGCCUUACAAAAAUGGGGUUUGGGAGUGACCUGAAGAAUUCACAUGAAGCUGUGUUAAAAUUGCAAGACUGGGAAUUACGGUUACUGGAAACAGUGAAGAAAUUUAUGGCCCUGAGAAUAAAAAGUGAUAAAGAAUAUGCAUCUACUUUACAGAACCUUUGUAAUCAAGUUGAUAAGGAAAGUACUAUCCAAAUGAAUUAUGUCAGCAAUGUAUCCAAGUCUUGGCUACUUAUGAUUCAGCAGACGGAACAACUUAGUAGGAUAAUGAAGACACAUGCAGAGGACCUAAAUUCUGGGCCCUUACACAGGCUCACCAUGAUGAUCAAAGACAAGCAGCAGGUGAAGAAGAGUUAUAUAGGUGUUCAUCAGCAGAUAGAGGCAGAGAUGAUCAAGGUCACAAAGACAGAAUUAGAGAAAUUAAAAACAAGCUAUAGACAAUUAAUAAAAGAAAUGAAUUCUGCCAAAGAGAAAUAUAAAGAAGCUGUAGCUAAAGGGAAAGAAACUGAAAAGGCUAAGGAACGUUAUGACAAAGCCACAAUGAAACUUCAUAUGUUGCAUAAUCAGUAUGUAUUGGCAUUGAAAGGGGCACAGCUUCAUCAGAAUCAGUAUUAUGACACUACACUUCCUCUGCUUCUGGAUUCCUUACAAAAGAUGCAAGAAGAAAUGAUAAAAGCACUGAAAGGUAUAUUUGAUGAAUACAGCCAGAUAACCAGUCUUGUUACAGAGGAAAUAGUGAAUGUCCAUAAAGAGAUUCAAAUGUCAGUUGAACAGAUAGACCCUGGCACAGAAUACAAUAAUUUCAUAGAUGUUCACAGAACGACGGCUGCUAAGGAGCAAGAAAUUGAGUUUGAUACUUCCUUACUAGAAGACAAUGAAAAUCUACAGGCAAAUGAGAUUAUGUGGAAUAAUUUAACAGCAGAAAGUUUGCAAGUAAUGUUGAAAACUUUAGCAGAGGAACUUAUACAGACACAGCAGAUGCUUUUAAAUAAGGAGGAAGCUGUCCUGGAGCUAGAGAAGAGGAUUGAGGAAUCUUCUAAGACCUAUGAAAAGAAGUCUGACAUUGUACUUCUGCUAAGCCAAAAACAGACACUUGAAGAGCUAAAACAGUCAGUCCAGCAGCUGAGAUGCACUGAAGCAAAGUUUACAGCACAGAAAGAAUUGCUAGAGCAAAAAGUGCAAGAAAAUGAUGGGAAAGAGCCACCUCCAGUAGUAAAUUAUGAAGAAGAUGCACGAUCAGUUACAUCUAUGGAAAGAAAGGAGAGGCUAUCCAAAUUUGAGUCUAUUCGUCAUUCAAUUGCUGGAAUCAUUAGGUCUCCAAAGUCUGCACUGGGCUCUUCAACAUUCUGUGAUACGAUCCCCAUAAUUGAGAAGCCUCUGGCAGAACAGGAUUGGUACCAUGGUGCAAUUCCCAGAAUAGAAGCGCAAGAUCUGUUAAAACAACAAGGAGACUUCUUGGUGCGAGAGAGUCAUGGGAAACCUGGUGAAUAUGUCCUUUCUGUAUUUUCUGAUGGACUAAGGAGACACUUUAUCAUACAAUUUGUUGAUAACAUGUAUCGUUUUGAAGGCACUGGGUUUUCAAAUAUCCCUCAACUUAUAGACCAUCACUAUACAACAAAACAGGUCAUCACUAAGAAAUCAGGUGUAGUUCUGCUGAAUCCUAUUCCUAAGGAUAAGAAGUGGGUUCUCAAUCAUGAAGAUGUCACAUUGGGAGAAUUACUGGGCAAGGGAAAUUUUGGUGAAGUAUUUAAGGGCAUAUUAAAGGAUAAAACUGCUGUUGCUGUUAAAACAUGUAAAGAAGAUCUUCCUCAGGAACUGAAAAUAAAAUUUUUACAAGAAGCCAAAAUUCUCAAGCAAUAUGAUCAUCCCAAUAUUGUCAAACUUAUAGGAGUUUGCACACAAAGACAGCCUAUCUACAUAAUUAUGGAACUGGUUCCAGGAGGUGAUUUCCUCUCCUUUCUGAGAAAGAAGAAGGAUGAAAUAAAACUCAAACAAUUAGUGAAAUUUUCAUUAGAUGCUGCUUCUGGUAUGGCCUAUCUUGAGAGUAAAAACUGUAUACACAGGGAUCUUGCUGCAAGAAACUGUCUGGUAGGUGAAAAUAAUGUUCUGAAAAUCAGUGACUUUGGAAUGUCUCGUCAAGAGGAUGGUGGGGUAUAUUCAUCUUCUGGCUUAAAGCAGAUUCCCAUUAAAUGGACAGCACCAGAAGCUCUUAAUUAUGGGAGAUACAGCUCUGAGAGUGAUGUGUGGAGCUUUGGCAUCCUCCUCUGGGAGACCUUCAGCUUAGGGGUCUGCCCAUACCCUGGAAUGACAAAUCAACAAGCUCGGGAACAAGUGGAAAGAGGAUACCGAAUGUCAGCCCCUCAGCAUUGUCCAGAGGACAUUUUUAAAAUUAUGAUGAAGUGUUGGGAUUAUAAACCUGAAAACCGCCCCAAGUUCACUGAACUUCAGAAAGAGCUCACUGUCAUCAAGAAGAAAAUCACAUAGUGACAGAACAGUGCAAACUCAGCCUCCAGGACUUGGUCCUCCAGCAGAGUAAUAUUGUUCUUCUCGUUAACAAUGAGUUUAUACCACGUUAUGUGCAACAGUCUUCUAAGGUUAUUUUUUUUAAUUAACUUUUUAAAAUAUGUGCCGUUAAAAAAAGUCAAAGGCAAAUGCAUUCAAGAAACAGGUAGUCCUACCAAGGGCUUUCUUAGCUCGCCACAACAAUCCUGCCAUUUCAGCCCUUUGUAAAUAGAAAAGCACAGGCUCUAAAUGUGAGGGGGAACCAAUCCAUCUUUUUCACACCAGGACCAUCGAUGUUUCUCAGAGAUUUUUUACUUCAGACCCAGUUCACGGCUGCUGUCCCAUGCCACAGACCCUACUCGAUCGGUGCUAUCAGCUGCAUUGGUAAUGCCAUGUCUGCAGGACACAUUCCAACCAAAGUUGGCUUUCUGCUCUGCCAAGUCAAGAGCGUAUUUGUAAACAUCAUUUUAUAUUGAGAAUUAUUUAGACCUUCUAGGGGUUUUCUUUCCUUUCUCGCCAGCAAUAAGCACAGUGUAAGAAUCCUCACAUUCCUGUCUUAUUGGUAAAGCUGUUGUUUCCCUCCCCUUUUGUCCAGGCAUCAGAAAGUGAUGCCUGGAAUGUCCUCAAAGAGCUCUUAAUUGAGGCCACAGCUUUUAAAGAAUGUUUCAGACAUCUGUGAUGGCAAGAAGUAGUUGGAACAGGAGGACGGUCUGGAGAAAGGGGCAGCUAAAGUCAUCAUCAAAGAGAAGGAAAGGAAAACAGAAAAUCUGCCUUCUUACCAGAGUUAUGCCUUUACACACACACAC